GCUGGCCGCGUCGCGCUUCCUGACCCACGCCGGCCUUUCCCUGGACGACGACAAGGAUGACAACGGCGACGACGAGCUUCCGCGGCCGGCUCGCGUUGGCAAUGGCACUGCCCGACCCGUGGCAGUGGUCGCCAUGGGCUGUCAUCCCUCUACGGGCAAGCAGUUUCGUGCGCUGACUUGCGAGUUGGCGGGCAGCAGCUUCGUCACAGGUUUCUCUCAGGCGGAACGCGCCAGGUCCUCAAUGUACGACGAGUACUACCCCGUGGGCCAGGUGGAGUGCUGUACACCUGCCGUACUGCUGUCAUCCGGCGAGUUUUGGUCGCUCAAGCGCUGUGACUGCUCAUCAAGCGCCACCAAGGACUGUGGGGGCUCCGACACGGACCGGCUGCUCUGGGGAUUUUCGCAGUGGAGGGUAACUGCCGGUGGGGAGUACAUCCCAGUAGCCCCCCUGGAGUGCUGCGGGGUCUGUCUGGGUGGCAAGAUGCCGGACCACGCCAACUGCGCCGACCUGGACUACUGCUCCAACAACGGCAUCUGCACGCUGGGCGCCUGUGACUGUUUCGAGGGCUUCAGAGGCGCGGACUGCUCCCAGCGUGUGGAUGGCGAUGAUGGCGGCAGUUCGAUGCCGUGUUUUUCAUCCAUCGCUAUGAGGUUCACGUUCCAGACAAUUCGGGGAAUGCAUGGCGGUGUUGGCGGCAGCGGCGGCGGAACAGGUGCUGGCGGCGGCGGCGGCGGCGGCGGCGGCGGCGGCCUGAGGCAACAAGGUGCCGGCGGCGCCGGCCGCUCGGCCGCCAACACCCAAGCGCGACCUCUCCUACUUGCGGCAUUUGGCGACGAAGGCAGCGCGGGAAGCCACGACACGGACGAACAGGAUCUGACGGGAUUUGGCGAGGAUGACAGCUGCGCCAGGGCUGCGGGAGGCGGUCUGUACGGCACUCAGUCCGUACACUCGUACACGUCAUUACAUCAAUACCAACAGCAGCAGCAGCAGGACCGCAGCAAUCAUAGUCGGCGUCGUAGCGGCAGUAGUCGGCCAUCCGUGGGUCAUCAGCGCCCGGACGUCCUGGUACCAGCGCAGGAGGGCGGCGGCGGCGGCGGCGGUGGCGGCCUGGCGGCCAUGUCGCCGGUGAUGUCGUCAUUCUCAACGUCGGAGGCGAUCAUCUUUCAAAUGGAUGACGUCAUGACGCUGCUGCCGCCGCGGCAAUCUACGGCAGCGGCAACCGCAGUAGCAGUAGCAGGACCCGGGACGACGACGACAACAACAACGGCAGUAGUAGUACCUGCAGCAGUAGCGGCGGUGGCGGCGCCGGCUCGUAAUCCCGAGCCGAUUUCUGGGCAGCCAGAGGCCGAGCAGGAGGCGCUUCUCGUCGGCGACCCCGGGGACAACGUAAACAUCUGUCGAGUCCAACGUGGCGGACCGCAACGCCAGCACACAGAAUAUUGCCGGGCUGCCGCCGCCGCCGCUGCUUUGGAUGGCCGUACACCAGCGGCGGAAGUGGUGACAGCGGCAGGGAGAUUCGAGCUGGCGCUUCCGCCGCCCGCGGCGCCGUCGCCGCAAAACCAACCUUCAGACGCUGUGGCAGCGGCGGCAGCAGGGCAACGUCAAGCCGGCAGUCACGUGUACGGCAGUGGCGGCGGCGGCAGCGGCAGUGGCGGCGGCAGCGACCUGGUGUGCUGUGGAUCCGGACUUGGCCGCUCGGCCAGCGGCAGUCUCACCCUGGCGGCGGCGGUGGCAGCGGCGGCGGCGGCGGUGCCCGUACCGAUUGGCUUGGAUGUGACCGCAUGGGGGUCCUUGCCCGGCACCUCCGUGCACACGCAUACACACCAUCAUACACACACACCAACUCAGACGCUACCUAAGCAACCCACCUUAGCGCAGUUCCUACCUUCUCCCCACCAGCUGUUGCUAAGCCUGCCAAUGGUACGACAGCCGCAGCAGCUACAAGGCACGGCCGGCGACAGCGCCGCUGCCGCCGCCGCCGCCGCCCCCGCAGCAACAGCUUCCACCGCUGCCGCCGCCGCGGCGCCGUCGUUGUCGUCGUCGUCCCCGUCACAAGGGGGUGUGUUGGUGUCCGUGUCGCAUUCACGGUCCCAUGCCUUUUCUCUUCAGACGGGGUGGUUGGACGAGCAACUGACUGCGGAACGAGAGCCCCCGGCGGGUUACGACGGCUCUGAGUUACAGCAGGCGUGGUCGAUGGAUGGAGGCAGCAGUGCCUGCGCGCCGCUAGGCGUUAGCCGCGUGCACUCCCGCACGCAGCUAAUGGACUUUCAUCUGACGUAUCCGGGGGGCCUGCCCGGCUGCAGCGACGGCGGCGGCGACGGCAGCAUUGCGGCGGCGGCGACAGCAGCGGAAGGUGGAGACUCCCAGGCGUGUGGCUCUGGCGGCGGCGGCGGCGGCGGCCACGGCAUCUAUCCCUCUCAAGAAUGGUCACAGCCGCCGUCAGAAGUGCAUGGAUCUGGAUCGCGAGCGCAUGGCGGACGUGCGGCCUCCGUCGCAGCCGGCUCUCAGUGCUACCAUCUGUACGGCACAGCAGCAGAUCCGUACGAGCAAUGGCUGCAUCUGGAUCGGCGGUUGCAACUUCAGCAGCAGCUACAGGCAGUGCUACAUCCCGUCACAGGUGCCGCGGGUCGUCCCCAAACUCGGUCCUCAAGCGCCGUCGGAGCCCCGGAAGACGCCGCCGCCGCCGCCGCCGCCGGCGGACCGGUCAGCGCCGUCGCCGGCUACGACGACUUCUACUACCACCAUGGCCAGCAGCCCCGCCACACCCACCACCACCCGCACCCGCGGCAACAGCAUCAUCAUGACACCCACCACGACACCACUGCCGUAGCCACCACCACCGUUGCAGCUGCCGCCGGGGACAUUGACAACAACAACGACAACGACGACGACGACGACGGCGGCGGCGGGGGCGGCGGCGGCGACGGAGUGGGAGGAGUAGGAGCAGCCGGCCUGUUAUCAAGGGAGCCCCCUCAGGCGCACACCUACCUUGACGCAGGCUCCGAAACCGCCGUCUCGGCUGCGUCGGUUCCCUCGGGGGCCGGCGGUGCAUCCGUUGCAAACUGCCACCAGGACCUUGUGAGCAGCGACUACGGCUCUGAGACAGCCGCCCAGGAGAGGGGGGACACAUCGGGGACUCAGGGGGGGGGAGGGGCCGCAGGAACCACCGCCAGCGUGGGAGCGGCAGGGGGGGGCCCGCAGCCGGGGAUGGAGGCGGAAGCCGCUGGGGCCGCCGCGGCCGCUGCCGCCAUCGCGUCCUCCUCCGGCGGCGGCGGCGGUGGCGGCGGCAGCAGCGCCAACGGCUUUGCCGGCGCCACUUGCAGCAUCUGCAUGGAGAAACCCAUCCAGGUGGCCCUGGUGCCGUGCGGUCAUGCGAAUGUGUGUCGGCGGUGCAGUCGGAGGCUGCAGCGCUGCCCAUUUUGCCGCAAAGAGAUCUUGCGGCGUCAGAGGCUGUUUUACAGCUCCUAA